CACCUCAUAUAUAUAACGCUCAUCUAGUCCUGAAACAAACAAAAGAUCAGAGAAAGCAUAAUAAUAAUUAUAAUGUUACUGAAAGCAGAGAAGAAAACCAUGCCGGUGAAAGAAGGGGUUGUUGUUGAGAAUGAUACAAUUCACUUUGUUCUUGUUCAUGGCAUAGGUGGAGGGAGUUGGUGCUGGUACAAAAUCAGGUGCCUGAUGGAGAAUUCAGGCUACAAGGUCUCAUGCAUAGACCUCAAAAGUGCUGGAAUUGAUCAAUCCGAUGCUGAUUCUGUUCUUUCUUUUGAUGAUUAUAAUAAGCCUCUCAUGGAUUUCCUGUCUGAUUUGCCGGAGAAUGAACAGGUUAUUUUGGUUGGACACAGCGCAGGAGGGUUGAGCAUUACUCAGGCAUGUCACAAAUUUGCAAAUAAGAUCCGGUUUGCAGUUUAUGUGGGAGCAACUAUGCUUAAGUUUGGAUUCUUGACCGAUGAAGAUCUUAAAGAUGGAGUACCUGACUUAUCUGAGUUUGGAGAUGUCUAUGAGCUAGGAUUUGGAUUGGGACAGGAUAAGCCUCCAACAAGUGCUUUGGUGAAGAAAGAAUUUCAACGCAAAUUCAUCUACCCUUUGAGCCCUCAUGAGGAUUCAACCUUGGCUGCAAUGCUGUUGAGGCCAGGGCCAUUGCUGGCAUUGACGAGUGCGAAGUUCAGAGAAGAGGAUGAUGGUGGUGGUGAAGUAGAGAAGGUGGAACGCGUGUACAUAAAGACAAUGCAUGACUGGGUAGUGAAGCCAGAGCAACAAGAAGCCAUGAUAAAGAGGUGGCCACCAUCUAGUGUGUAUGAACUGGACAGUGACCAUAGCCCUUUCUUCUCCACCCCAUUUCUCCUCUUUGGCAUGCUUGUUAAAGCUGUAGCUUGUCAUGCUGGAUGCAACUAGCUGAGGACAGGGGUACCAUUCCUUUCUUUAUUUUUCUCCAAAAUAUCUGCUGUGAGAGAUCAAUUUGAUAAUUAAUUUUGUAACAAAUAUUUGAUUGUAUGAUCAAGUUGAAUAAUUUAUCAAUCAUUAUAGCAUGGUUGGUGGGAAUUGCCGAUAUAA